UGCGUGUUAGAGUCGGAUUUUUGUAAUUUUCCUAGCCUUAAGGUGCUGCAAGUCUCAAUUUUAGCUCAAGUUGUGAUUAUCAGGCGUUGGGACGAGUUUUGUUGCAUUUGGAGCUGAAUUGAAGAAGUUAGAGAUCAGCAUCGGCGCUCAAAGAGGCAAUAGGGAAGAGUUUUGAAGCAUUCGAGGAAGAUUUGAGAGAUUUGGAUGUCACCAGGAGAUUCACGACGAAAUUCUGAUGAAGAAAAAGCAUUUGGAUCGAUCUUAUUUGCAUCCGGGAGCGUUUGGAGCAAGAAACAGCGUGAAACGGUCAAGAAUAGGCCAGACACGACCGUGCUUGGGCCUAGGCACGAUCUUGCCCGAGGAACAAAUUCACGAAGCCGCUGGAGGCCAGGCACGAUUGUGUCUUGUGCCGAGGAGUUCUCUUUUUACAAGGAUCCAACCGAUGAUGAACUUGAUUUAUAUAAAGAAAUUGAAGAAAUUGAAAAGAUUGCAGAAAGUACUCAAGGCUGCUCUCAAUCUUUAUGUUCCAUCUAGAUAUGUGAUGCCAUCAGGUCCGUAUGCUGAGCUAGUUGAUGAUCCUUGCUAUAUUAGCUGAUAGAGAACCAGAUCCUUGCCAUAUUAGUUGCUACAAAUGCUUAUGUACACUCAGUUUCUUGUAUGAGGAGACGAGCUGCAUCAUUUGUAGAUUAAGGAGUGGAUGAUGGUGCAUGACUAUGGGUGUUUAUGUUAUUUAAAUAUUAACUUUUAUCUUUUGUUAUUCUGGAAAAUUGUUUAUGUAUGGUGCAUGAAAACUUGUUUUUGUGUAAUGGGAUUAUGGG